AUGCCUCUGGCUGACAGCAGUAUUGGAGGUUCCCCUCCGCAGAGCCACUGCAAGCGGCUAGGAGGUUCUCCUCCGGCCCCUCACUUCAGCCCCUGCCGACAUGAGGUUCUCAUGCCUCCGAUGUGUCGUCGUCGCUGCUUCUACCUGGAGCUGCUAAGCUUAGAAGGUCAAGCCUUGUGUCCCCGGCGGCAGCAACUUCUUCAGCAAUGGUCAGGACAUCUGCUUCCCCGGAGCGUCUUUGCCACCAGUGCCUGCAUCCAGUCGAGACAUGUGUGGAUUCACUGUUGCCUGUGUACUGCAGCAGUCGGGACACCUGUACAAGCCACACACCAAGCUCAUGCAGACUUUUCUGUUCAAAGGAAGGGUAGGAGGUGGCUGGGCCCACUCCCAGCCGCUCUUAGGCUCAUGCCACGCGAAAAGACUCAGCGUGAUUAUGAGCGAGAGGCUCGCAGGCCAGACAAACGCACGCGGGCGGAGAUGCGGGCCAGACGAGAAGCAGGUGAACAUGUUUCUGCUGCUGCUACUUCGACGACAGCGGGCCCUCCUUUGACACUCUUUUCGGCACGGAGAUACAGACGACCCAGGACACCUCCUGCCCCGCCACGACCGCCUGCUAGAACCAGAGGUGACAGCAUUGCCGCUACCAUCUCGGAGCGGCCAAGUCAACAUGAUGAGGAAGCUGAAGGCACGGCAGAGGAGGCGGAAGAUGAACUGGUAGAAGUCACCAUAGAGGUUGAGGAGGAACAGCCUUCCUCAAUGCCAUCUGUGCUGCAGCCUAUGACACCACCGCAUCCGCCGCCCAAUACUACCUCUCCUACUUCCCCAGCAGAACCACUGGAGCCGAUGACGACUACUGAGGCAGCUGAUGAAGGUCUAGCCCUGCAGACGGAAGAAGAGCCUACAGGGGCCAGUACCCAGGCAGAGCCUAUGGAGGAGCCGGAUGGCUCUCGAGUGGAGCCGGUUGCAGAAGCAGAACACUUCGUUCCCAUGGCCCCUAAACCCAAAGUGAAGGCCAGACCGCUCUCUCCGAGAUUUGCCCCGCCUGUGGAGCCGGAAUCUACUGCUGAUACUGAGGUCACACACACUGAGGCCUCGCGGACUGAUGCAUCCUCUACCGCCCCCUCAAGACUGACUUCGCCGUCUGUACCGGCUUUGACGAAAAUCCCGAAAGGUUCGAUUGGCCGGCUCCUACAGGAAAGAGCAGCGGCCAACUUGCGAUCUGCCAAGUCUUCGACCCCGACAUUGCCUGCCCGACGCCGCGGCACAGCAGUGAAGAGCCAAUGCAAGCCAAAGCCAGACCCUAGCCCCAUCGCGGCUACUGGGCUCCCUCCGACCCUGGAGGUUGUGCUCCCAACGGCUUCAAGCACUAUGCCGGGUGAUGUCGAGUUUGUUCAGGUGGGCACUCUAUCUCAGGAAGAGGGCGACAGGGCCAGCAGCUCGAGCCGACAUCAGUGGUUCCUCACAACUCCAGGGAAUCCUGAGCCCACUCCGGUUCUUGAUAUGCCCGAUUGGCUUCACCGAGCUCUCCUGAAGCGGCCCACAUCACCGGCUCCGCCACCUCCAAAAAGACGUGCCAAAAGCAGCACGACAGCAGCGGCUGAUGAUCAGACCCAUGAGACCACUGAUGCUCGCAAGCCAGAGUGUGACUACAUGAGGGUUCCAGAUUCUCUUCCGGGGAUUGUCUACCCCUUUACCCUCUAUCUGUCCCUCUGCCCAGACUGCAACACCGGGACUACUAAGGUUCUGCCUGGACAAGUUCUGGAAUUGCUAUACGGUGCCUACGCCCAGGACUGCUGCGCUCUUGAAGGGACCGGCCAAUGCAAACAGCCUGCACAGCCUCUCAACUCCGUUCCGUGGGUGUGCGAACUCUUGGUCCCAAACAGCCCUUCUGCUCUCCUUUGUGAGAGUGAAACCACGCUGCAACCAGCUGCUCCCACUGAGCCUGAUCAGAUGGCAACCCGGGUGCCAGGCACGCCUAUUGCGGCAUUACUUCAACGAGUUCCGCGACCGAGGCCAGACUCAGAAGCCUCUAUGGCUCCGCCACCACAUGCUCCCGGGAUGAUCGGUGGCACCCCACUGGAAGCUUUCAGACCUCCAGACCACCCUCUACCACGGCAGCCAUCGGCACGGUCGCGGGACAGCAGGCGCAACAGGGCGCCCACCAUGGCACGGCCGAGUCAAGCACCGCACCUGAGGCUGACUGAACCUGGCCCCAGUUCUUCUGCCCCUCCGAUGCAGUCCACUGCCAAUACGGCCUCAGGGGUGGAGGCUGAACCACCUUUGGUUCCCUCCAUGGAGAUGCUCGAGGCCGCCUCAGAUCUAUCCAGAGUGGCCGAAGUACCCUCCGAACCCACUGGACUCCUCUGGGAGGAUUGCUUGGAUCUGGACUUGAUGCCUCCGCCGGAGUGGAGCCUGCCAGCUCUUCGGCCGGCGACUCUGGACCCGCCUCCGCCGGGAAUUCGACAGGGACAGAAUCGCGGCUGCCCUCCGGGACAGGCUGGACCUCAGCUUGAUCACAACAAUGCGGAACUCGAUUUCAUCGCCGACGGCUGGCCCCGGUCCGGGAUCCAGGCCCCUCACGUGGGUCCUGGCGUGCAGGCUGACCCGUCCAAGGCGCGACCACAGCAAGCCUGCCCAACGGCCAGCCAGGUCGCAACUGCCCUCAGUGCCGAUGCCUCACUCGCGGCGAAUGCUUGCAAUCUGCCCCAGCGCUUCCGUGGCGCCGUGCCACACAAGAUGAUGGGAGGCAUUUCCAUUAGUCUGGAUGUCAAGAAAGCUUUCGACAGUCUGUCUCAUGAGUUCUUAGAGGCUGCCAUGCGUGAAGCAGACUUUGACGAAUGCGAAAUCGCUCUUGUUCUCCAUCUGCAUACCCAUGCUCAGCUGCAGGUGGGCACUGGCGCGGAGGCAGCCUCUGUCCCCUUAGGCACAGGGGUGAGACAGGGGUGUUCGCUAUCACCCAUCCUCUGGGCCCUGGCCACUGGCCGAGUCUACAGACUGUAUACUGCAGCCCUGAAGGAACACUCGCUCCCAGAAGGCCUUACGAACAUGUUUGCAGAUGAUUUCUUUAGAAUUUUAGUGAGCACACUGCAACAAGCUGGCCUGGAGCUGAGUCUCGACAAGACUGUGAUCCCCGCCGCAUUCAUGGAUCUCGAGGGUGUCAGCCAGGACGAACUUCAGGAGGCGGCAGCGGCCCUAACGAUGCUUCAGACAAUGGCUCUUCAAGGUCGCACCCUCUUCGAUGCACAGCAGUCUCCGCCGACAGGACCUGCCCAGAACUUGGUGAGCUCCCACCAUCCUCCGGCCCUGGAGGUUCCGACCCCGCCACGGCAGGCUCUCUCGUUCACGGAGACCUUGACAGGGGAGGACCAGCCUUCCAAGUUCACGAAAACCCAGGAGAAGGGUCAGGGAGGGAAGGGUCACCGACAGGGGCCCCAGAACCGCCGCCAGUUCCCAUCGUCGUCGAGAACCCCACCAGCCGGCCCUCAGCCCUCCUCGGCUCCCAGCGGAGGUUCACCCUCCAAGAUUAUGGUUUCCACAUCGUUGAUCACUCAGGUCGUGCAGCUCUUGCUCCGCCACACGGAUGCACUCAACAGCAUCGAACAAUCGACGACAUGGAUCUUGUUUCAAGGAACGGCCCCCCCGUUAACGGUGGUAGCUGCGCAGGCCACCAUAGCGGAGGAGUGGAACAAGCUGAAAACCAGCAAUCCUUCGGCCAUCACACAGCCUCUUCGUGUGGUGCUAUGGCAAACGUGGGCAUCCGAGUUCAUCAAGCGCCUUCAGCUUCUGGAUACCGAUCUGAAUCAGAGGAACGAGGCCAUUCGGCUUCAGAUCCUCACGGAGCCGAAUUGCUUCAAGUAUGUGCGAUGGGACUCCAGCCAAAAGCGCCUCAUCCCUCAAGACAACCUUGCUCCGCUGACGGCAAAGGAGAUCGUGGACAUGUUGCAGGAAACCAUCGUGCUAUGCAAGGAAGAUGGUGUUCUCAUCAACUAUCAUCCGAUGCGGCGGUUGACUGAGCAGAUGGCCGGGGCAGCCAUUACGUUCUCGAUGCAUCUGGGACUUCGAGAAGCCAGGGCUUAUCGAUUUUGGACAAUAAUCGAAGCCCAGGCUGGGAGCGCGUCGCUCCAGCUAGUGGCGACGACCAUCCGGAAGGAUCGGCGAGGACGAUCCCCCUUAGCCCAGGCACUGGAGGCCGAACUUCGUCGACUGCAGUAG